GGCCUGUCGGCUUCUGCGUGUCCACCGGUACACCGCUCGUGUGUUCAGCGCCCGCCUUCCGACUCAACAGCAGGGAAAUAAUGGCCACCUACCACAAGCCUGAAGCGCGCACUGUGCAAGAGCUCAAAGACAUUGCUAACAAAUUACGCAUUCACUCAAUUACCUCCACAAAUGCAUCCAAAUCAGGCCAUCCAACAUCAUGUGCAUCAAUGGCAGAAAUCAUGUCUGUUCUGUUUUUCAAUACAAUGCGUUACAAGAUUUCGGAGCCACGAGACCCAUCAAGUGACAGAUUCAUACUAUCAAAGGGUCAUGCCGCACCUAUUUUGUAUGCAGCAUGGGCAGAAGCUGGUCUUUUCCCUGUAAAAGACCUGCAGAAUCUGAGAAAAAUUGAUAGUGAUCUUGAAGGCCACCCCACUCCUCGCCUAAACUUUAUUGAUGUUGGAACUGGGUCUCUAGGCCAGGGUCUUUCCAUUGCUUGUGGAAUGGCAUACGUUGGAAAGAACUAUGACAAGGCGUCCUACAGAGUGUAUUGCCUUGUGGGUGACGGAGAAAGUGCAGAAGGAUCCAUAUGGGAAGCUCUCAAUUUUGCCAGUUAUUAUAAACUGGACAAUCUCUGUGUUAUAUUUGAUGUCAAUCGUCUGGGUCAGUCUGAUCCAACUGUGCUGCAGCACAACAUGGAAACCUAUCGUAAAAGGUUGGAUGCAUUUGGACUUAAUGCCAUAGUUGUUGAUGGCCAUGAUGUGGAAGAAUUGAGCAAGGCAUUCCAUGAAGCUUCCACCACCAAAGGAAAGCCAACUGCUAUAGUGGCAAAAACAUACAAAGGAAAACAUUUUCCUUCAAUUGAAGAUCAAGAAAAUUGGCAUGGUAAACCACUUGGUGCUCAGGCAGAUACAGUUCUUGAGCAUUUAAAAUCUUUAAUAAAAAAUAAAGGUCCACUGCAACUGCAUCCCCAAAAGCCUCUGAAAGAAGAUGCUCCUAUUAUUGACAUAACAAAUGUGAAAUUAUCCUCACCUCCAAACUACAAGACAGGAGAAAGUGUGGCAACAAGACUGGCAUAUGGGACUGCACUGGCAAAAAUUGCUGCCAACAAUAGUCGUGUCAUAGCUCUUGAUGGUGAUACAAAGAAUUCUACCUUCUCUGACAAGCUUCGGAAGGUGUAUCCAGACCGGUACAUAGAGUGCUUCAUUGCAGAACAAAAUCUUGUGGGCAUAGCAAUUGGAGCUGCUUGUCGUGACCGCACUGUGGCAUUUGUGUCAACUUUUGCUACAUUCUUCACAAGGGCAUUCGAUCAGAUCCGUAUGGGUGCAAUUUCUCAGACCAAUGUGAACUUUGUUGGUUCCCAUUGUGGUGUCAGCAUUGGUGAGGAUGGCCCAAGUCAGAUGGGUCUUGAGGACAUUGCCAUGUUCCGCACAAUUCCAGGGUCAACUGUGUUUUAUCCAAGUGAUGCAGUCAGUUGUGAACGUGCUGUUGAGCUGGCUGCAAAUACUAAAGGAGUUUGUUUCAUUCGUACGUCCCGUCCAUCCACAUCGAUAUUGUACAAGAAUGAUGAAAAUUUCCAGGUUGGAAAAGCUCACAUUCUGAAACAAAGUUCCAAUGACAAAGUUCUAAUUAUUGGUGCUGGAGUCACACUAUAUGAAGCCCUCAAAGCAGCUGAUGAACUUGCAAAAUCAGGAAUUCAUGUCAGAGUUCUUGACCCUUUUACGAUAAAACCUCUUGAUGCUGAAGCUAUAAUCAAGAAUGCAAAAGCUGCAGGCAACAAAAUAGUUACUGUGGAGGACCACUAUCCUGAAGGUGGAAUUGGUGAAGCAGUCCUCUCUGUUGUAGCUCAGGAAAAUAUUACUGUGAAGAAGUUGGCAGUUACAGGCAUUCCAAGGUCUGGGCCUUCAGAUGUAUUGCUGGAACAGUUCGGAAUUGGGGCCAAGUGCAUUACAAAAGCAGUUAACUCCCUUCUUCAUUAAGGAGCUGUGCACACUGUUACAUUGUCAGUUUACAUUCCUUAUUUCUGUCAUUGAGAGAAAAGCAAUAAAAGAUGUCCAUCAUUA